AUGCCAAAUUUAUAUUUAUUAUUAACUUGGUUUGCAAUAAUAUAUGGAAUACUAUUAUUUUUAAUAAAUCUUAUACCUAAUGUAUCAAUUAAAUAUAUUGGAUUAUUAUCAUUAAGAGGAAUAACUAUUAAAUUAAAAACUACUGAAAUAAAAAUAGAAAAAAUUAACUUAAUUAUAAAUAUAUUGAGAAUUUUUGAUAAAAAUUCAAAUGUUAAAGUAAUCACAUUAGAUAUUUGUGAUAUUGGAGUAACAUGUUUAAGGGAUAAAUCAAAACCAAGAUUUAAAAAAUCAAAUCCACAUAGAGAACCACUUUAUAAAAAAUCAAUAAAGGAAGAAUUAUUUUUUAAAGUCCCAUUAUUUAUACAUCAAAUUUUAAUUCGUACGAAAAUUAUUAAUAGAAUAAAUUUACAACUUUUCAGAUUAUCAUUAUAUCAUCAAGAAACUCAUGAAGAUUAUUGUAUAUCUUUGGAAUUUUUAAGAUUAGAAACUCAUAUAUCAAAAGAUAAUAAUUUAAGAUUUACUGCAACUUCAUUUAAUGGAACUAUAUACGAAAAUAAUAAUGAAGAUAAUAAAGUUGAAUUUUUUAGAAAUGUUGAAUUUUUUAUAAAUUGUAAUUUUAUAAAUGCUUGUCCAAUAAAUGUUAAAGAUAAAAUUACUUUAUUUUUUGAAAAUUUUGAAACUUCAUUAUCAAUUGGAAGAUUAAAUAUUCCAUUAGAAUAUUUUGUACAAAAAAAUAAUAAAUCAGUUAAGAAAAUAUUUCAUGAUAAUAAUAAUAAUAAUAAUAAUGAUAAUAAUAAUAAUGAUAAUGUUGAGGAGCCUCAUAAAAUUCCAAAUGUUUUACAAUAUACAGAUCUUGUUAAAGAAUUAAUUUCAAUAUAUUCAACUACAAAUAUACGACUUGAAGAUCUUACAAUAUCUCAUGAAAAUUUAAAAGUUAAUUUAUCAAACUUAUCAUGGUCUUUAGAUAAAGUCGAAAAACCAAAUGGUAAUCAUCAUAUGAAAAUUUUGAUGUAUUUAACAUCUUUCAAAUUUUAUCAUAUGGAAUCAAAAUGUUUUGAAUUGCCAUCAGGUACCAUAACUUAUCAAGUUUGUCCAUUGGAAAUGUUGAGAGUUUCACAAGCCUUAUUGAAUCACGAUGAAUCAUCAAAAGAAUUUAUUAAUUUUGAUACCAGCAUUACAUUAACUAAUCCAAUUUUUGAUAUAUAUUAUGAUCAACAAGAUAUAUUAUUUCAAUUUAUAAGGAAUCAAAUGAUGUCGAGAAGGGUUAAAAAAAUGAGAUCAGCAGCAGGUGUUCAAAAAAAGGAAGAAGCUUUAAUAAAAUUAAAAAUUGCAUCAAAAUUAAUAAAAACUAUUUCAAGUAAAAUAAUUAUAGUUGAUACUAAUUUAAAUCUUCAUAUGCCUAAAAUUGGAGAAAAUAAAGAAAAUGAAUUUAAUAGAUUUGCUAAAACUAAUACAAUUUUAAAAUUUUCUGCAUCUGGUUUUAUACAUAGACUUUAUACUAGAUCUCAUAAUAAUGGUAAACAUACUAUUAAUUCAUUAAUAAUAUUAAAAAAUAUAAAAGGUGAAGAAGCAGGUAAUAUUAUUCAUUUAUCUAAAAUUAAUAUACUAGCAGCUUAUGAUUUGUCUAAAGGUAAAUUAGGUUUGAGAUUAUCAAGUAAAAAAAUAAAAAUUAGAUCAGUUAAUGAUAUUUUUUUCUAUUUGGUAAGACAAUUUAGAAAUCAAGAAAUAAUUUAUUCUAACAAGAAGUUUGAUGUAUUAAAAGAAAAAGAUCAAAUAAAAUUGGUGGAACCAAAUCCUAUUGAUGAAGAGAAGGGGCAUGCAGAUGGUGGUGAUCAUUUCAUUAAAUUCUUUGAAAUUUUACCUUCAUUUAUUUCAUCUAUAAAAUUAAAUAUUUCAUCAAUACUAUUAGAUAUAGUAUGUAAAGAAGGACUACCUAGUCAUAAAAUAUUUGAUAAAGAAUUAAAUCAAGAAGUUGAUCUUAAAGAUUUUAGAAGAGGUAUCUCAUUAAACAUUGAAGAAGUUGCAGCUGGAUAUAAAUUAUCAAAAGAACUUGUUGAAACAUCGGUCAAAUCUGUACAAGUUUUUACAUUAAGUGAAUAUUCAAGUGAAUAUAUGGAUGAUUUUAAUAAAGUAACUGAAAUGCAAGUGACUGAUUCCGAAUUAGAUGAUAUGUCAAGUAUAAAUUCAUUAGCUUCAAAUCCAGUAUCAUCAGAUGAUUAUAAUAAUGAUUCAGGUAGUAAAAGAAUUAAAACUGUUUUAACUAUAAAUGAUAUUUAUGUCACUAAUGAUUCAGUAAAAGAAGAUCGUGAUGUAAAUAAAUUGACAUUAACUAUACCUGAAGUUGAUGGUCGUAUUGAUAUGUUUUUCCUUUGGUGUAUGUUUUAUGCUAAAACCAUGUUGGAAAGAUUUGCACCAACUGUGGCAAGAAAAUGUACCAAACAAGAUCUUAAAAAAAUGACUGGACCUAGAAAAAAAGUGAAAUUAGAUAUUUUGAUAGAUAAUUUUGCAACUGUUAUUAGGUUACCAAAUAAAGUUGAUGUCCUCUUAGAGUUUGAGUUCACUAGAAUAAAUAAUGCACUUGUUUUAAAAAAUGCAGAUGUUAGGAAUAUAAGAUUAUAUGUUGUACAACCAGCUACAAAAUUAUGGGCAAGAUUAUUAGUUAUUAAAGAACCACAAUUUAGUCUUGAUUUUUCCAAAACUAUACAUGAUGCAAGUUUUGAAUUAUUAGCAAAAUCAGUAAGGUUUAAUAUUCCUUUUCAAUUUAUGUUUUUCACAGUUAUUGAUAAUACAUUAUCUUUUGCUAAAGCUAUUAAACAAUUAAAUCAUAAUUUUACUUAUUUUAAUUAUGGAGCUGAUGAAUUUGAAACAAUUUACCCACAUGCAGUAGAAGCUUUUAAAUUUCCUCACAUUAAUUUAAAAACUUCAGUUUUAGGUUUAGGAUUGGAGAAUGAUCCUUUGGAAAAUGAACUAGAAUUAAUUUAUGAAUUAGGAAGUAUUGAACAAAAGGAAAGAUUACGUAAAAUGAGAGCUUUUGAUAUAAAAGCUAAAGAAAUUUUAGCAAAUGCUGAACCAGAUAUUGAUGAUAAAAUUGAACUAUCCGAAUCUCCUGCACCAAGACCUCCACCAGUACAACAACAAGAUAGUAAAUGUAAGUUUAAAAGUCCUUUGAGACAUGAAUCAAAAACAAGUGUAAUUGGUCAUGAGAAUGGUGGACAUAAAUUCAAAGACACUUUCAUGAAACUUAAACGAAAUCAUUCAGCAAAUAAACAUAUAGAUGAUAAUGACACGACGGAUUCAACAACACCACAACAACAAAAACGAAAACUCACAAGAUCUCAAGCAGAAGAAGAAAUUAAAAAAGCUAGAGAUAGAUUAAAUGAAAAUUUUUCAUUAUCAUGGAUUAGAAAAUUUGAUCUUCUCAAAAAAGUUAGAACACGUACAUGGCGUCAAAGAGCUGAAGGAGUUUGGGGUAAAGAUAAAUUAACAAAUACAAUGAAGAAUAAAUUUGAUAUAGUUGAUUAUGCAAGUGGUCCUCCAAUAGCAGGUGCAGUUUUUAGAGAUGUUAAUUUAACAUUGGAUAGAUUUAGGGGUGGAGAUGUUGAUGAAUUUUUAUACAAGUAUGCUAAACAUCAACCAAAAUUAAAAUAUUCCAUUUUAAUUCCGAUGUAUCUUAAUUUAAAAUCGAGAAAAUUUUAUAUGAUUUUAAGAGAUUAUCCAUUACCUUUAGCAUCUUUCCCCACAGCAAGUAAUCCUCAAAAUCCAACAAUUAAUAUCACAGCCAAUAUAAUUAUUAAUGAACAUUUAUUUUCAAGAAAAGAAGAAUUAAGAUAUGUUUUUGUUCCAUAUUCAUUAGCUACCACUGAUCCAGAAACUGCUGAGAAUUUUUAUUCAGUAAAUAUUCCAAGAACUUUAACACCAGUAAAAGUUGCUGCUGAUUUUGUAUGUGAUUUAGUAACGGAUAGAGCAUGUACUAUAAGUUGGUGUAAAGCUUAUCAACCAGCUUUAGGAGCUAUGGGUCAAGCAUUUGAAAAUUUCACUAAACCUGCUAUUGAUGAUAGUCCAAUUGGAUUUUGGGAUAAAGUUCCAUUAAUUGCACAUGGAAAAUAUCAAUUUAAUAUUGCAAAUGAAUUAUGUUUCUUAAUGAAAAGUGGUACAUCACCUACUAAAUUAGUUGGAAGAGAUUCAGGUUUUGCAUUUUGUUGGAAAAGUAAUGUAUCACUUUGUAUUGAUGGUACUAUAGAUCCAAAAGAUUUAAUUGUUAUAACCAGUGAUGAUUUUAUAUUUGCAAUACCUAAUUAUUCAAUUGAGGAGAAAAAUGUAUGGAGUUUAUUUUAUGAUGGUGCUGAUGUUACAACACCAGAUUAUGAAUUAGAAGCUAAGAAAUUUUUAAAAAAAGUUAUAAAAUUAACUACAAAUGAUAGAGUUAAAUGGAUUUUGGGAUUUAUGUUUGAAAGAAAUAAAUUAGAUUCUAAAAAAUUAGAUGAUGAAGAACCAAGAAUUAGAACUUUUAAACCUCAUUAUGAUGUUGUUAUUACAAACCCUGCAAAUAAGUACCAUCCAGAUUCUUAUGAAGGUUAUAGAUCAGAUUAUGUUCAUAUGGCAUUAUCAGUUAUAUCAAAAUCUCAUGAUAAUGAAGCUUAUAAUGCAGCAUAUUUAACCCCGUUAACUUUCCAUCAUUUCUUUUAUUGGUGGGAUACGGUUGCUCAUUAUUCUCCAUUACCAACAAGAAAUGGUAAAUUAUUUGCAGAAGAAGGUAAAAAGAAAGUUAGUAUUAAAUUUAGUCCUCAUAUUUUUACUGUUAAAUAUUUAAUGGUUUUUAAUCCAGUUACUAUAUCUCAUUUAUAUAUUCAUUCAAGUAAUGAAAUGCACAACAAGAAAAAUAGAGUUGCAUUUACAGGUUUGAAAGGUAAAUUUGCCAUUUGUGAAAUUGAUUUACAUCAAAGAAAAGAGUUAAUGACUUAUGUUAAUAAGAAAUUAAAUAGGAAAACAAAUGUUAAACAUUUAAAGAUGAAUCAAGCAGAAGUAAAUAUUGAAGAAGCUGAUGUUAGAGUAUUAAAUGCAUUAUUCAAUGAUCAAUCAGUAAGUGGUAAAUUAAUGACAUAUCUUACAGGUGAUUUACAAUCUUCAAAUUCUUCAAUAAAUUCAAAUAAUCAAAAAUUUUCUAAAUGGAUAGAAAGUAUUGAAAUUCCAGAUGGUGAUUAUUCAUGGGUCGAUCCAGAAGAUUUUAUUGAAUUAGAAGUUGAACCAUUAUCACCAAAUCCUAAAAUAAGAAUUUUCCCAUUUUUCCAUACUCCAAAUUUUAGUUAUUUCAGAGAAUUUACUUUGAAAAAAGAUGGUCCUUUCCCAUUUGGUAAUGAACCUAUUCAUGAUUGUAUAAUGGAUUUAGAGAAACCUUCCGCUGUUCAAAUUAGAAUUUUGGAAAGUAGAAUAGAAACUUUGAAAAAAGAAGUUGAUAAAUUGAAAAAUGAUUUAUCAACCACCGUUUCUGAAAAUGAUAAAAAUUUAAAAAAGGAAAUAGAUUUAUUUGAAGAAAAAAUCCAAGUUUUAAAAGAAGCUCGUAAUAAUUUUACAGAAAGUGAUUUUAAAUUAACUCAAUCAGUUGAUGAAGAUGAACAUUUAAAUUUGAAAAAGGAAAUGUCUAGAUUAUCUGCAUAUAGUAGUCAUACAUCACAAAGUGAAUUAAUAGAUGCUUCAAAUGUUGUAGCAGUUGCUGAAUUUCAUAAUAGAUUCAUAUUACAUAAUUUAAAAUUAAUAUGGGAUGAUGAUUUAAGAGAAUAUUUUAUGAAUUAUUUGGAAAGAAUAAGUGAACGUAAAAAUCAUGUUUAUUAUAUGACUAAAACUGCAGUUGAUUUAGUUCAAAGUGUUAUAAAUGAAAAAGGUCCAACUGAUGAUUCUUCAAUUGAUAUUGAUGAUAAACCUUUUAAAAGUACUUUUAAUAAUGUACGAGAAGUUAUGGAAAGUUUUAAUGAACAAAUGGAACAAGUUGAUAAUAAUGAUGAAGAACCAGAAUUUAAAUAUUUGAUCAAAUUAAUUAAUCCACAAAUUCAAAUGACUAGUAAAAAAGUUCCAGAUUCUUGUGUGUUAUUAACAGCAAGAGAUUUAGAUAUUAGAAUUAUUGAUAUAAAUGUUAAAGAUAUGCAAAAUAUAAUGACUGAUUCUUCAGAUAUGAUUUGUAAAAUAGAAUCAAGAAUUGGGGUAUUAUUUAAAGAUGAACAAAUUUUUGUAAUUUCAAAAGAUGAUAUAAUUUAUCAAAAUCUUAAUUCAAAACUUGCUAAAAAUGGAUAUAUGUCAACACAAGAUAAUUGGCCACCAUGGUUUGAAUGUGAAGUAUGUUAUGAUGGAUCAUGGGCUCAAGAAUUUUUAGUUUCUGAAAGAAAUACAGUUGCAUUAAUUCAUAAAAAUCCAAAUCAAUUAUUUUUAAGUAAUAAUCAUAAGGAUAAAAGUAGUGGUAAUGAAAUUAAAGUCUACUUAGCCAAAAUUGUUAUUGAUGCAACAUCAGCUCAAUAUUCUUCAAUUUAUUAUGUUAUAACAGAAUUAUUAAUAUCAAAUGGUAAAAAAGACUCAAUUAAUGAAAGAUUAUCCAGAAUUAUAUCUUUAACUGAUAAUAAAGAUUUCCAAGGAUUAGAUUUAAAAGUACAAGAUUUACAAUCAACAAUAAGAGAAUUUAAUGAUAUUUUAUUAAAUUUUGAUCAAAGAGGUGGUAUAUUAACUGAUGAUGAAAAAAAAUAUUUAAAAAUAUUAGAACUUGAAAUGGAAAAAAGUAAAUUAGAAUUAUUAAUGAUUUUUAAAACUGUUAAAAUGAAAAAUAAAAAGAAAGAAGGUAGACAUUGGUAUUUUAAUGUUCAUGAAUUUAUAUGGCAUAUGUUGGAUGAUUUUAGAAAUCCUUAUUUAGAUAUAGCAUCUUCAAAUGCUUCUUAUAAUAGAAUUGAAUCAGUUGAUGGUACAAAUAUAAAUUCAUUUGAAGUAUCAAUGAUGCAAAUGUUUAAUUUACAAAAUAAUUCAAGUCAUCCAAUAAUUUUAAGUCCUUUGAAUCCUUCAAUAACUCCGAUUAUUAAAUUUUCAUGGGAAAUGUUAGCAAACGUUGGUGGAAUACCAUUAGUUAAAGAUUGUAAAUUAUCAUUACAAGGAUUAAUAAUUGAUUUAAAUUAUAAUGUUGGUAAACAAAUUCAUAAUUAUUUAUUUCCUGAAAAAGUUGAAAGUGAAGAAGAUAGUGAUAGUGAUAGUGAUGAUGAAGAAUCAAUAUUAUCUGAUGAUAACGUAUCUACAUCUUCACAAUCUACAAGAUCUUCAAGUCCAUGGAGAAAAAUGACCAAAAAUGGAAGUUCAUUAUUUAGUUCUAUGAAAUCCCCUAAUUCAUCAGUUUUAAAUUUUAGAGAGAAAAAAGCACAAUCAAGAGUUAAUGAUUCUUUCAAACGUAAUCCAAAUCAAGAUGAAUUAGAUAUUUUAAUAAAUAGAUCAUUAAAAUAUAAAUCAAUUAUAAAUUUUACAAUUGAUAAAAUGGAUUUAGAAAUUACAAUAACAGGAGCAAAUAUUUUAAAUUGUGAUAAAUUAAAAUUACAAAUUCCCAAAAUUCAAAUAAAUAAUCAAAUAUUAAGUAUUGAAGAAUUUACAAACAUACUAAAGAACAAUGUCAUAAAAAUCAUUUUAAAAAAUUCAACUAAAAUAAUAAACAAUAAAUUAAAAUUCCUGAAACGUGACCAUCCUACAAAACCAAUUGGUCAAAUCAACAAUUACACUGGGUUCAAGACAUUAGAAGAUUUACAAAAUGAGGGAGAAAGAAUAAGAGAUAAAGUUGUACAUUAUCAUCCCCAUUUACAAAAACAUAAAUCAAGACCUCAUAUUUCUAAACAUAUAUCUCAUGUAAAUGAUGGUGAUAUUUAUGAUAAUGUUGAUGGUGAUAUCAUUGAUCCUUCUAAAGAUAAAGUCGAAGGUGAUGUUGAUGCUGCUUAG